AUGCCUGAAGAAAAACUGGCUUCAAAUUCUAGCAAAAGACACAGAAAGCCUGAGGAAAUACUGGUUUCAAAUUCUAGUGCAAAACCAGUAAUUUUCAGGGAGGGAGAACCAGUGAACGAGUUCGAACAGCAAUCAUCUGAAGAUGUCCCAGAUAUAUUUGAAUACAAAGACGAUGGUUACAUUGAAUUGGUUCUCAAGCUGUUGGCUCGAAUCUGCGACGGUCAAAACACAGGAAUCCAGAACUAUCUGAGAGAACAGCCGGAUAACCUAAAAUCAUUCAACAUCGUCGGCGAAACAGCACAAUUCCUCAAUGUGGUUUACACCAACAUCAGUGAUAAAACCAUUGACCUGGUCAUACAGUUGUUCAGUACACUCAACGAAUUCUGUUCGGGUAACCAAGAGAAUCGAGUCGUGAUAUACGAUAAAAAGGCCAUCGAUUACAUAAACUUCAUUCUCCGAUCUGGCGAGUUUGACAACUGCCCUCAAGAGAAGGCAUUAGAACUAAGAAUUACUAUUGCCCGACUGAUCAUUUCAUUGAUCGAAGAAAACGGCCCUGGAGCAUCGCAAGUGGCUAAAGAAGUGAAAGAUACAGUUGACAAGAUGGCGAUCUACCGCGGCAUGACUAUGUGUUACGAGAUGGGCUCAUGCGGACAAGAAAACAUGGGCGGCACCAUGCUUGGAGGGGUGCUGAAAGGCAAAAAGAAUUCCAAAAUAAAAGACAUGAUGAUGGAAGCUGGUUUUCUCUCCUAUUUCAUCAUUGCAAGAAUGAAUGACAUUGAUCCAUAUCUAAAUGAAGAACUGACUUUGACGCCCGAGCAACAGAAAGCUUUAAGCUACUACAAGAAGAAUUCUCAGUCAAUAGAAAUCGUGAAAGAUGACGUGCUUCAGAAAAUUAAUUUCAGAGUGCGAAACAAGAAUGUCCUCCGAGAAGAAGUAAAAGAGAAGUUGAAGUGGAACGUGGACAGAUCGUCACCAAGCAAUAAGAUCCGGGAUUUAAUGGGAUGGACAAAGGAUAUCAUGAAUGAUAUCAUGUACCAGAGGAAGAUAUUAUGUAAUCCCAUCGCCAUAUUCUUCACACAUGGAUGGCUUCUUUGGAACCACGGAGCGACCAUUCUUAGUCUGGCCAUCAACAUCUUGAUGUUGAUAACUUGGAAUUCACGGGCCUCCAUGGAAGACUAUUUAAAAGUCAACAACAGCAACAUCGCAGAACGCGACAGGGUUUACAACGAAAUUCAGAUUCCAACUCCAGUCAUUCGGGAGAUCCAAAAAAGUGACUACGAAAUAAUUAUGUUAACACUGGCCAUAAUACACAAUGUGUUUUCAUUGUUUGUACUGAUUAGUUAUCUCCUCUCCAAUCAUCCCAGAUUGCCGAGUUGGUCAGAAAUAACAAAGCCACUCAGACGAGUUUAUGGUAAAGUAGAUGAGGAAGAGAAUGAACGGUUACAAAAUAAAGACACUGUGUCGAAAUUGGAUGUGAAAUUCUUCAGUUUCAGGACAUUCUACUACAUGGCCUUUUUAGGGAUGUCCAUAGCUGGCACGUUUUAUGGCUACUUCUUCGCCUUUCAUCUUUUAAACGUUGUCAACAACAACCAGCUUCUGUCCGGAGUGAUCAAAGCCGUUACUCAAAACGGUUAUUCUCUCUUAUGGGUGGCCAUCCUUGGAAUUAUUGUCAUCUAUAUAUACAGUCUGAUUGGCUUUGCUCUGAUGCGACAAUCAUUCAAACCGGACGAAUAUCUUUACUGCGAUACUUUAUGGCACUGUACCAUCACAGUUAUACGGUACGGACUCAUUGGGGACAUGUUUGAGGUCCUGAAGCAAAGUGACGGCUCGUUUGGACACUUCUGGCAAAUCGCUUUAUAUCACGUGUCAUUCUUUAUUUUCAUCACCACCAUUGGUCUCAAUAUUAUCUUUGGUAUCAUCGUAGACACCUUCUCGGAACUGCGUGACCUCAAGUGGCGAGCUGAGUCUGAUAUGAAGGACACCUGCUUCAUUUGUUGCCGUAACAGCCACGACUUUGAACAUCAUGGCAAGGGUUUCGAUCAUCACGUCAAAAACGAACAUAAUAUGUGGGCCUACAUAUUUUUCCUUAUCCAUCUGGAAAGCCAGAAAAGCAGCGACUACACAGCAUUAGAGCUUUUUGUACACAAACUGAAGGAGAAAGAAAACUUUGAUUUCAUUCCCCUUAAUCGAGCUUUGUGUCUGUCCACAUCUGAUUUGGACUCAACAGAAUCCAAAAUAGAUGAACUGCUCCAUCACGUGACAGCUAUCUCUCAUAAACAACAAGAACAUGAAUCUGAAAAGAAACGUCAAGUUGAGAAGAAACGUCAACGGAAAUGGCAGGACAAGCACAGACGUAUUGUCGGAAUGAUUGUCGACAAUGAAGAAGAGAGCGAACCAUUGUUGCCUUCGAGAGCGCUCAGUGUGGAUAGACAUAUCAGCGGAAGCGGCCGUCUCAACACUACAUCAUCCCGCGUUGCCAGCAAAGAAGCAUCAAGCGACACAGACAGCAGCGCCGAUGGCGGCGAUUUUAGUAGCAAUGAAAACGACAACGGAGAUAAUGGCGCUGGAGGUGGUGGUGGUGGUGGUGGGUGGCGGUGGUGGUGGCGUAUCUAAUGCGUUUCCGCCAAUACAGGAGCAGCCUGUGUCGCAACAACUGACACAGCCACAACCCGAGUCGCCGUCGGCUAUCACAGCGUGCCCGUCAUUUACGUUCAGUGCGGCUGACGAUGACGUAUACAGUGAUGGCGGCGGUGGUAUCGACGCUGUCGAACUGACCGAGAUGGCCGCCAAGCCUCCAACCCCUCCAAAUGAACCAGGAAAUCUACUACAACAACAACAACAACAACCACAAAAAGUACAAAAGCAACAACCGAAAAAGAUUCAACGGCAACAAACUCUACCAGAAAUGCAACAUCAUACGAUGCCGCCAUCGCCACCGUUACCGCCGCCUCCGCCACCUCCACCUUCGUCAUCGCCUCCACUCUCAUGGUCACCUGUGCCACCACCUGCUGUACAAUCACUUCCGCCACUACCAGCACCACCACAACCUCCACCGCCAACACAACAACCGCACUCGACACAGCAACAACCACGACCGACAUCUUCGCAACAACUACCACCGCCACCACCACCACCAACACCACCGCUUCCACCACUACCACCAUCACCAACACCUAGCCAAUCACAACCGAUAUCGAACAAUGCACCAACAGCCGGUGUGUCACCGGUGAGCCGUUCUAGAACCCCGUUGAGCCGCAGUAGCCAUAACAUCGACGACUCGCCGAACGGAACGGCAUCGUUGUCAUCUUCAACGGCGUCUUUAUUAUCGUCAUCGUCAUACUCGUCGCCCGUGUCAUCGUCAGCAACGGCAGACACAGAUUCGGACAGCCCAACCGGUUUCUACGCAUUUCUACCGGAAGAUGCGAGCGAUUCCGGCGGGGAAAAUAUUUCAAAGCUGUCUCCAGCUCUGUCACCAUCCGCUUCACCGCCUUAUUCGCCAUCUCUGUCAUCGUCCGACACCAGCCAAGACACAGUAGAAGAGGUAUCACUGCCCUCCGUUACUGACGGACUUUCAAUCACAACAACACCCACGGACCCCA